AUGAUACAGGGCGGCGAUCCCACUGCCACGGGCCGGGGCGGCGAGUCGAUAUACGGCCGCAAAUUCGAAGACGAGAUAACUCGAGAGCUGAAACACACCGGCGCUGGUAUUCUGUCCAUGGCCAACUCCGGACCGAACACCAAUGGAAGUCAAUUCUUUAUCACUUUAGCACCCUCAGCACAUCUCGAUGGUAAACACACUGUUUUCGGAAGGAUAAAGUCGGGUUUGGAGAUAAUAGAUCGCAUUGGACAAGUGGACACGGACUCUAAAGAUCGGUGA